CUCCAAACACGUGCGUAUUAAAAAUAAAAAAUAAAAAAUAAAAAUAAAAACCCACACCAAGGCUUGACCAUCUCGUUCACCCCUCUAUAAAAAGGAGUAAGAAAUGUCUAUCCGAAGGCUCGUGUUUUGAGCAAGCAGCUUCAUCUUUGGGAUAUACACAGCAAAGAAUCGAAGCAACAACCAUUUCAUUAUUCAUUUACCUCCAAUAAUCAACUCUAAUCGUCUACUUCUUCUUCACUGAAACUCGAAGAAUUCAAGAAAGUUCUAGAAUCAUCCGAUCCGAUCCGAUCUUCUGUUUUAAAACAUAAUCAUGAGUCAGGAAUUGGUAUUACCACCAGGAUUUCGAUUUCACCCAACUGAUGAAGAAUUAGUUGUUCAUUAUUUAUGUCGCAAGUGUGCUUCUCAAAGUAUCUCUGUUCCUAUUAUUGCUGAAAUUGAUCUUUACAAGUUCGAUCCAUGGCAGCUUCCUGGGAUGGCACUGUAUGGUGAGAAAGAGUGGUAUUUCUUUUCUCCAAGAGAUAGGAAAUAUCCAAACGGGUCAAGACCUAAUCGGGCGGCUGGAUCCGGGUAUUGGAAGGCGACCGGGGCGGAUAAACCGAUUGGAAAACCGAAAACUCUUGGUAUAAAAAAGGCUUUGGUGUUUUAUGCUGGGAAAGCUCCUAAGGGUGUCAAGACUAAUUGGAUAAUGCACGAGUAUCGCCUCGCUAAUGUUGAUCGAUCUGCUGGCAAAAGAACUAAUCUCAGGCUUGAUGAUUGGGUAUUAUGCCGUAUUUACAACAAGAAGGGGGUCAUUGAAAAGGACUACAACAAUGAUCAAAAGCCCAAACCUACAAUCCCAAAUUCAUUACCACAAUAUUCAGAUUUUGAGGAUCAAAAGCCGGUGAUUUCGGGGGCCCCUAUCGGAUUCUCCGUACCAUCACCAAUUGCUCCAUCGAAAAACGAUCUAUUGCAUUUCGACACAUCCGACUCAGUCCCUCGUUGCCAUACCGACACAAGCGGGUCAAACCUCCCAGCAUCCCCCGAGUUCAUGUGCGACAAAGAGGUCCAAAGCGACCCUAAAUGGAACGAUUUCGACAAGAAUAUUGAUUUCCCGUCAUUCAAUUACAUGGAUGUGUUUACGGAUGACCCAUUUCAGCAUGAUCAAAUGACCAGUUUUCAGGAUAUAUAUAUGCUCCUCCGGUGAAGAAAUUGAACCAAGUCGAAACGAAUACUAGGGUUUCGAGCUGCACGGCCGGGUCUUGUAGGACAUAUGCUGAUGAAGAAUAGUUUAGAAGGAAGAUUAAUUCUUUGUAAAUUGAUUCUGAUGCUUCAGCAUGUUAAUAUUUAGUUCAUUCUAGGAAACUAUAGUGAAUUUUAGGGGUAAGGUGGUGUAGCACAAUUUUUUAUAAUCAAAAUAUAUUGCGGGAAAUUUGAUCAUUCAGAAAAUCCAUUACUCCAACUAGGAAUGUAUAUAGUGCAUGUAGUAAUUUUUUAAAAUUGGAAAAAAUUAUAGUAUUUAGAAAACAGAUUAUAUAAAAAAAUAUUUUGUGUUGCUUUUUAA